GUUUGUGUUGUUAUUUGCCAAUCUCCUCGAACUUGGCGAUCUUGUGGGAGCAUGGACGACCCCGAGGUGAGAUUGCGGAAGAACUGGUAUGGCUUCAACUAUGACAGCAUCAAACCCACCUCUUGACAGCCCACUACUGCCCCUCCGAUGAUGAUGGCCUGGUGGUGCUGAGCGGUUGUGUGACCACCACACAGCCAAUGCAGAACAAGGACCAAUUUACCACUCGCCUGACAAAUGUGCCGUUGUGGUACGCACCACGUUGCACGUGGCAAUUCGUGGCGCCCAUCGCUGUGUCACGCUUCGAAGGCAUCCGACAGUGCAGCGCCAGUGUCUGGGUGAAUGACACGGACCGACAUUUGUACAUGAGGUUUCACAAGAAUGCCACACCGAUGGUCGUUCACUUCUCCGGCUUGGCGUUUAGCACCCGCCGGGAAGAGAGCGCCGAACUGUCCUUGGCUCCAAACAAACUGAGAAUCUCGAAGAACACGGCGGAACUUCCUGCGGUUGAUGCCUGGAAGGAGCUGAGAAUGCUGCGGGGCACCUUUGCUGUGGAGAAACUCGGCACCGUCGAGAAGGUGGCAAUUCUGCCCGAAGGUCAUCGCCCCAAGCGCGAGGUGCGAUGCCUGGCGCCGCUGCUGAUCAAUCCGGAUCUCCAGGACAAGACUUCGCAAGAGGAGGACUAUGUUGGGAUGGAAUCCAUUGGCAUCACCGUGCAGACCGAUGGCAGUGUCUUGGUCCAGGGUGGAUACGUGCAUUCCGUCGACAAGAAAGGUCACAUGCGGAGGUUGGAGCAGAAGAAGAGGGGUCGCGUUUGCUUGGACGGCGUCCGCUUCCUCACCUGUGCGGGGUCUCCUCUGAAUGUCUCCCCUCUCUUGGAGACCAAGCAGAACACCAACAACUUCACCGCGAACAGUACAUUGAGGGACAAGUUUGCGGCGAACACUCGCAGUGCAUCCUACAAGAAAAUGGGUGAGGUGGUCGUGCUGGAAGGUGCAUUGGAGUGGGAGAAGCCCUUGCGGAACACCAAGUUGGCCUUGGCUCGUCUCCCAGAUGAUUGCCAGCCGGGCAAGCGGCUCUCCUUUUUCACUCGCGGCCGCUCUGAGGAGCGCUGUCGAGUGGACGUUGACCAAUGGGGCCGAAUCUUCUGCCCAGAGUCACCAGGCGUUUGUGGCGUGGAGCUCAGCGGCAUCAUUUUCGUAGCCUCGAGCACGCCAGAGUCGCAAGCCCCCAGGGACCAUCAAUGGGACAAUUUGGAUCUCCAGUAUGCCCAAGCACUCGAGGAUGCAGCCAUCCACGAGAACAAGCAAGUGGAGGAGUUCAUUUCACGAUGCAACAAGCACGAAUGGGAGCGGCUCAAAAGCAGGAUCAACACUGGCCACAACAUGAAGCUGCCACUGGGGCAUCUGGAGCCUCGCAGUGGUUCGAGGAUAGACACCUUCAACUUCGGCUGGUACAAUUACGCGCGGAUAGCCUGGGAGAAGAUCAAGGAGGACCUACGGAAGGAGUUCGGCAUCACCACUCCGCAGCAUCUGUUUCAGCUCCCGAAAGCGAAGCUCCAAGAGCUACUCAAGUUACUCGAGUGUAAGAAAGCCUGGGAGGAGAACAAGGAGCACCUACGGAAGGAGUUCGGCAUCACCACUCCGCAGCAGCUGUUUCAGCAGCUCCCGAAAGCGAAGCUCCAAGAGCUACUUGAGUGUAAGCCGAAGCUGGACGAUCGAGAUGUGAAGCGUUUGUUGGAACUGCAAGAAGAGUAUCACAAGUCGUGGGUUCUGAAGCGCCAACCUGGCAUGACCUACAAAUACCUGGAGGAGAUUGCGCAGGAGAUCGCUGAAGCGAUGAUCGACCGCUGGGAUUUGAUUGCACAGGUGAAAGGAGUCUUGGACAACGAUUUCAAGCUCCCUGCUGCCUUGGAACAGUUUUGGCCACGCAUUCGCAGAAAAGACCAACCGGGCAUGAAGAACCUGAAGAAGGAGAAUGGUGACAUCGAGAAGUACGAGCAGAUCAGGCAAUUCUUUUACUACCACGAGACGAAUGGCAACAGCAUGACACAUUGCAGCUUGAGAGGAAGCACUGAUACCUUCACCGAUACAGGCAAAUGGUUCUUUCCAGACUCCGUUGGCAUUCAAGAGGAGCUCUUUCGAAACAUUGCGUGGCUCUUUGACAAAGAGAUCUACCAUUACAUCUCCGAGCGGCAAACGCCUCGAUUUCCCUUUAUUGAGGACUUCGACAUCCAGGCUGAUGUCGAUUACACACAAGCGCCUCCAGGCAAAGAUCGGCCGGAUCCGCCUGACCAUCUCAUCAUGGAGAAGCCCAGGAGGGAUGGAAAUGGAUGCGUCGACGGAGACCCAGGAGAGCUCAUGAAGAAGAGGGCCGCGUGCAUCCAUAAACUCUAUUCGCAGUUUGAAGAACUCACUUGCCUGGUGUACUCCGCUUCCGGCUACAACAAGGGCAAAGAAAAGUUGAAGACCUCCUUCCACUUGGUUUGGCCACAGUUGGUGGUGGAUUCGGAUAGUGCGCCCUGGAUCCGUGAGAUCACUUUGAUGAUCUUCAAUCAAGAAUCGAAGAUCAAGGGUUCAUAUUUGCAGAGGCUGAGAGAACAUUUGUUGGGGCUUGAAAAAGGAGGGAAGGAAGACAAAAGCAACGAGUGGGAGAUGGUCUUUGACAAGACCACCAUCAAUGCUACAAAUGGGCUGCGUUUGCCUUACAAUGAUAAAGCCUCCUUGAAGCCUUUGCCAGAAGAGAAGGCCCGCAUCGAACGGGGGGAAGUCAGCAAGUCCGCGGCCAAGAAGCAUCGAGUCUUGGAGGGAAGGCCAAGCAAAGCCAUCGGCAAGAUUCGCUUCACCUUUGGCAGAGACGAACGGGCAAACACUGACACAGUGGAGGCCAAAUGGGUAGCAGAUGAGAAGAGCUGUGAGAAGUGGGAAUGGAUCCGGGAUGGCUCCUGCCGGAUUGAUGCAAACGAUGCGGACAAGUCGGCACUCACCCCCAUGCAUCCGACGCAAGACGCCAUCGACCUCUUCCGACGGUGGAAGAAAGAGCGCAAGCCAGGUGUCCGUUACUUCUGGGAUGGUGAGGAUUCCGAGUUUGCCACGCACUCACCAUUCCCGAACAUCAAGCUAUGUGAGCGUUCAGUGCUCGAAUUCAAGGAACUUUGGGACACCAACUUGGAGGGCGAGCUGGAAGCCCUUUACGACAGCCAGCCAGAGUUGGUGCAGAGACUUGAAGGCACUUGGCUGGUAGUGAGCGAGACCUGCGGAAUUUGGAGGACAAAAGCUGAAGUUCAAAUCAAGGACAAGGAUCCAAGCAAGCUUUGGGGCCAAAACACCCGGAAGCUCCAGCGGCCGUACGAACUCAUUUACACCAAGCGAUCUGCGGAGGAGAAAGGCAAAGUCAUCAUCGAUGGUCCUCAAGAGCUUAUGCAGAUUCUGCUGGGUGUGGCGGACAUGUGCGAGUGUGAUAUCGACGAUCGGAACAUCAUGCCCUUGUAUGAUGUCCGCGGUAUGUGCAAGUAUUGAUCCGCUGAGAAAGGAAUAGCCGCUUGUAUAUAGAGAAUCAGCUUGGCCCUGACUGUCGGCUCCGGAGUGAAUGGUUUACGCGUCGGGCCCUCACUGUUGUCUUGGUGUGUGUGUGUGUGUCCCUG